AUGGACAGCCUUCAACAUGAGCUUGAGCACCCUAAAAAGCGUCGGAGGCGCGAGGUUCAGCGGCGGCCGUUGUCCGCUCGACUGGUGUUCGACGAAACAGUCAAAGGCAGCGCCGCAUUCCUUUCGGAGAGUCUCUGGGCAAAGCUCGCGUGCAAAGAAGAGGGUACAAGUCCUCUCAAUACGGCGCCCUUCGUGGCUUUGACGCCGUGGUCCCCUUUGCACAUCGACUUGCAAGACUCGACAUGGACUGUCCUACCGGCGCAGCCUUCCGAUCCUCAAAUUUCCACGGGUCCUUCUGGCGAAUCCAACGUGGUCAAACUUUCGCCCAGUUCCUCUGCCUGCCAGUCCAUUCUGAAGACAUACGCCGCGGUCGAUCGAGACCGUCAUCCCGGCCACAUUCCAAAGUCAAUCGAGAUCAGGGUAAUUGCUACGAAGCCUCUUGUUCUCGAAACUCUCUACGUGUCUGUGGAAAAGGGGUUACUCGACCGGGUGGAUGAUGUGCAGACAAAAUUCGGCGGAGGUUUCCAAUAUGCGAGAACUAUUAAAGUCGACAAAAGGCCAGGGACAGCGAACGGAGUGUUACACAAUGUGCCUGCUCAGAUUUCUCGCAUGACCUCUCUUGUCCGGGAGGCGCUCUCUCACCUUCCCAUCAUCCAUACAGGUGAUGUAUUUCCCUUGCCGCUGCCCGCUCACCCUAUCACCCACGUUCGGGCACCUCCCGCCAUCAUAGUCGAAUGCGAACCUGUGUCUCAAGGGCUGCUGUCCCCCAAGACAAAGAUUAUUUUGAUACAAACUGGCUCAUCCCAGGAGAAAGCCCUGAAAAGGUUAGCUCCAGUGCAACCCAUUAUCGAAGAGUCGCUCGAGGAUACCGCAGAAGACACUUCCAAUGACCAGUUCUUCUCGGCGGCAGAGGACGGGCAGGCAGGGACGGGAUCGGAUGGAGAUGGAGUAUCUGAUGGUGAAACCGAGUCUGACCUCUCAGUCCACGAAGAAAGUGACGACGAUUCGGAUUCCAUGGAUGAUAUGAUCUCGCUCAGUGCUCCAGGCCUGCCACCUCAGCAAGCUGGGACGCUCUCGUCAAUGACUGCUGCAACCCCACGUGCUGGUGGGAAGAGGACAACAGGCACGCACACGCCUGGCUCCCUCUAUUCGAGUUUUACGUCGGCAACCGCCGGAGGUGGUACGCGACUGGGCAAAGUCUUCAGGACCGAGGCUCUCCUGCGGAAGGUCCCUCUAGAGCUGAUGCAUCCCAAACCUGAUCCAUUGGAUGAUGAUGAAUCUUUUGUAUUUAUUGACACCAGCACGUUGGCGAAGAUCGGAUGUUUCUCUGGCGACUGGGUCCGUAUCGAGGUGUCCCGGAAUGUAAGCUUUCAGGGGCUUCCGCCAUCGGCGCUCAGGACUCUUGCAUUUGCUGAUGACGAAGAAUCGGACUGGCGCACUGUGAGGGUCUUUGGCUUAUCAGGUCUGUCAGCUCUGCAGCCGCGGUAUGCUGUUGACAAAACUGGUGACAGAAGGUCAAGCUUUACACAAAGAGACCUCGCCAUGCCCUUGUCACCAGUAAUCUAUCUCUCGCCCAUACUGCUCGCCAAUCUGUCCAAUGCCCCGUAUGUCAAAGUUGGUUCAUUGCCACCAGCUCCACGCCACCAUGAUGCCAGAUUCGGCCAACUGCCUCGUUCAAGCGCGUCCAAAUCGCCUCCCCUUGCCAAGGAGGUCGUCUUUUCGAAGUUGUCCGAUCCAAUAACGACCAAUCCUGUCCUGCAGUCGACGCUAUUCUCUUCCUUAAAGCAUCACCUGGAAAGCAAAAGACGCCAGCUCAAGAAAGGCGAUCUCAUUGCCGUUCCUGUGGAUCGGGAACUAGGGAAGGCCGUUUCCUCGUCGGCUGCUUCGGACGAUAGUCCGGGAGAUGAGGAGACCAUAACAAAACUCAACGUGCCGGAUGCUUCUGGCGCUGCUCGAUUCGCUAUUGCUUGGUUCUCGGUAGAGCAAAUCGAUGUGGAAGCUCCCAAUGAUGAAGGAGACGGGGAGCAAAACACGUGGGGAGGCGUGGUCACACUCGAUACUUCACAGGCCAGAGUCUCGCAGAGUGGCAGCAGCAUUCAUUCAGUGUCGCAUUUGACAGAAUGCUGGAGCAGGUAUUGGUUUGGAAUCAACAAGGUCUCCCAGCGACAGGUGCAUAAAAUUGAUCAAAUUGCAACUGCGUCAGAUCUACCGACGCUGGAGAGACUACCAUUGGAAAAGCGUCUGUCAGGCUUGAUAUCGGCGUCAAUCAGCACCCGGGCCAUCAAUCUAGGCCUCCCUCCUCUGGUGAUACUGUUAUACUCCACCCAGCGGCAGGUUGGGAAGUCCUACAUUGCCAACUCCGCUUGCUCGGCCGUUGGAGUGCACACCUUCACCAUCUCUGCACACGACCUGCUUUCCGAAAAUGCUUCAACAACAGGCGGGGGCGACGUGAAAACCGAGGCUCUACUACGAACUCGGGCGGAGCGUGCUCUUUCUGGAGGCCCCCAGCAAACUGCGCUGCUGAUUCAACACAUCGAUGCUUUGACUGCCGAUAGGAUGGUGCCCGUGUUGCAGGAGAUUAUUUCUUGGUCCCGAGUAGUGGUCGCGACAACAACAAAAGUCGAUGACAUCCCGGCAGCCCUUCGAAGCCUGUUUUCUCAUGAGUUCGAGGUUAUGGCGCCGGACGAAACAGCUCGUGAGCUCAUUUUGCGGAACGCUUGUACGUCUAGUUCGACGCCGCUCUCGCCCAGCAUCAAUCUGAAAACCAUUGCCCUUCAGACCGCUGCCCUUGUGGCAGGGGACCUGCUUGACGUUGUCAGCCGUGCUUCACUGGCGCGAUCUGCACGUCUUUUGGCUCUUGCCGACGUCCAAUCUUGUCAUCCUUCCGAUGUAUACAUAUCUGGGGGCCAAGCAGCCACACAUCUUCUCACCAGUGAUUUCAGUCGCGCGAUAACUACCGCUCGGUCAACCUUUUCUGAUGCGAUUGGUGCUCCAAAGAUCCCUACGGUCACCUGGCAAGAUGUUGGCGGUCUGUCGUCGCAAAAAGAUGCAAUCAUGGAAACCAUCUCCUUACCUCUUACGCAUCCCGAGCUGUUCGCCAAUGGUAUCAGAAAACGUUCUGGUAUCCUGUUUUAUGGCCCGCCCGGGACCGGUAAGACUCUUCUGGCGAAAGCUAUCGCCACCGAAUUCAGCCUCAAUUUUUUCAGCGUCAAAGGGCCCGAAUUGCUCAACAUGUACAUUGGUGAGUCGGAGGCAAAUGUACGACGAGUUUUCCAACGUGCUCGAGACGCUCGCCCAUGCGUCGUCUUCUUUGAUGAGUUGGACUCGGUUGCGCCGAAACGAGGAAACCAAGGUGAUAGUGGAGGCGUUAUGGACCGCAUCGUCUCUCAGCUUCUGGCCGAGUUGGAUGGAAUGUCGACCGGUGGUGGCAGCGACGACAGCGCGGAUGACAGUUCGCCCUCGAAUGCGGGUGGCGUGUUUGUCAUUGGUGCAACGAACAGGCCAGAUCUUCUCGAUCCCGCUUUGCUGCGACCAGGCCGGUUCGACAAGAUGUUGUACUUGGGAGUUGCUGACACCCACGAUCAACAAACGACAAUCCUGAAAGCCUUGACUCGGAACUUUACGCUAGCGCCAGACGUCGACCUGAAGCGGGUUGCCAGCCGAUUGCCCUUCACCUACACCGGCGCAGACCUGUACGCACUCUGCAGCGACGCCAUGCUGAAGGCAAUCACACGCAAGACACAGGCCGUGGAUGAGAAGGUCAGCCAGAUCAGCAUGGCGCGCGGUGAGGAGAUCAGCACAGGCUACUUCUUCGACCACUUGGCUUCGGAGGAGGACGUCCAGGUCGUGGUGGGCGAGGAGGAUUUCACCGCCGCCCAGACCGAGUUGGUCGGCAGUGUCAGCAAGAAGGAGCUGGAGCAUUUCGAAAGGAUCCGUAACAUGUUCGAGGAGCAGGAUAUUACGGUUCCGUCCAAGGAUGGUGGCCAUCAUCAGCAUGGUACCGACGCCGAGCAAACGAGAUUGCCAUACCGGCCAAACCCACCCGCAUCUACGCCAACCUCUUUGCGAGUGGACCAAGCUCGACAGGUACAGUCACCACGUCAAGACGUCCCCAACCCUCCUGCGCAGCCACUCCCGAACAUGUCCUUCCUGCAGGCCAAAGGCAGGGUUAAGCAGAAAGCAUACACGCCACCAUCAACCACCGACAAUCCGUAUCCCGCCCACUUGCAGAGGCAAGUUCAACCGGCAGUGCGGAUCGGUAACCCGGACUCUGGUGCCUCUUCGGAUGCGGACGCGGACGACGAUUAUGGAGUCAGCAUGACCCAUCAUCUGAACGGGUCCGUGGUGAACGGGAGCGGUAUGGACAAGGGGAAGGGCAAGGGCAAGGCAAAAGACAACUCUUGGUCUUCGCAUGAUACUGGAAUCGACGCGGAGCGGGAUGGGUUUUCGAAUGACGUGGAAGGCGACGAUGACGGACUGUACGACGAUUGA